AUGGCGGAUAGCCCUAAACAUCACACUGUUGCAACGGGCCGCGUGUUCAAUUUACUGGGCGAGAGUAUGAUUCAUAAUGUGCCUCUCCCUGCUAAUCAUGUGAGGGUGCAGUUGAACACUACUAUUGAUGCGAAUUAUGCCCUCCUGAUGCCCACCCCAGAUGUAGAGAUAGUGGCUCAAGCAGUGGGUAGCUUUGUCACUUGGCCUGUUCAUCUUCUUACAUUAGGACAUCCUUCAAAGUCUAAGGGGAAGAAGAGCCUAUUGGGUGAUCACUCAUUAUCAUCGCCACAGAAGCAGCCCUCUAAGCCCGUUCAAGCGAUAUCAUCAAGAUUCCGAAUAUGUCUUGAGGAAUAUGCAGUUGGGGCCAGAUUAGAACAUAGCGAGGAUUUCAUGAUUCCCCUAGAGUUUGAGCUAGAGGUCUACGGUCGACCCUCGUCAGAUUACAUCACGAAUAAAGUAUUGAAAGAAAUUCUAACGCAUGGAAUGGCCAGCACAAAUGCCUGUAACUUUUAUAUCAGAUAUCUUUUCAAGAACUUUAUAGCCCCCAGUGGCCUUGAUGACAAGUUCAAGAUUAUCAACCCCCACACUUUUGCUGGCCACGGACCUGAUAUGAAGAAAGACUUAUCCAUAGACUUGUUAGAUAUCUUCAUUUCUAGGGCAGCACCGGGGGCUCAGACUUUGUUUUUGGCCCCUUACUGUCAAGGGUACGGCUUUGUGGCUAUACUGCACAAAUCAAGCCUUACACUGCCCCCGUGCCCACGUCAGCCCAAAAAAAGCUCCCAUUGUGGAUGUUACGUGAUGAAAUUUAUGAAGGAGAUAAUUAUGCACAAUGCUGACACAAUCCCUACGCAGUACUUUGCCGACACAUAUUGCACAGUGUAUUCAUCUUCUUAG